CGGCUGCGAGCGGAGCCACAAUUGGCCCAAGUCUUGCGGGCGGUUGCCCUGUCGAGGUCACCACGAUCGGCCUUGAAUCAGUUCGAGCAGACAUCGAGUCGAGUAUCCUCGGCAGUUGCACUCGAUCACAGCCAGAUCCCAUCGAUCAGCCAACAUCUUGAUCUCGACCAGGCCAGACGCCAUGAAACAGCGCUUCGACAUCUUCCGAUUCCUGUUCAGGGUUUCUGUCGUGUUUAUGGUGUUCCUGCUCUACAGCACAUUCAUUCUCAACGUCAAAUUUCUGGUCUACCGGGACUUGCCUCGCCCGCCUGCAGUGAGUCCACGAUACAAUACCAGCACAGACACCGGGGGCUCGGUGCUCGCUGGCGAGAUCCGGCCCCAGCCGAGGGAGUCUAUCGGCCAGGAGAACGCAUGCAUCGUCAUGCUGGUGCGCAACUCGGAGCGAUGGGGGGCGCUCUCAACGCUCCGGACCUUCGAAGCCACCUUCAAUGCGAAAUACCAGUAUCCGUACUACUUUUUCAACAACGAGCCGUUCGACAAGGGAUUCAAGGAUGCCAUCACCAUGGCAACCAGCGCUCCCGUCUACUUUGAGCAGCUGGCGCCGGAGCACUGGUCGCUUCCGCCCACCUGGGACCGAGCCGAGUUUCUCGACUCGAUCAAGAACCACCCAGAUCAAAACGCCAGGAAAGAAAGCUACCACUACAUGUGCCGCUUUUACUCGGGCUUCAUGGCGGUGCAGCCGGCUCUCAAGUCCUUCAAGUACUACUGGCGGAUCGAGCCCGACGUCAUCUACUACUGCCCUCUGAACUACGAUCCGUUCGAACUCAUGCGGGUCAAGAAGAAGCGAUAUGGCUUCAACAUCGUCGGCAGCGAGAUCGAGAGCACCAUUCCGACGCUCUGGCCAUCGACGCUGGAAUAUCUCCGUGUGCGCAACCUGCCUUUCCCGCCCCAUCUGCGGGCCUUUGAGCGGGAGCGAACAGAUCCCUCCGCCCCGUCCGAGUACAACCUUGCGCAUUUUUGGUCCAACUUUGAGAUCGGCGACCUGGACUUUUUCAGAUCCCGGGAGUAUCAAGACUAUUUCUACUUCCUGGACAGCAAGGGCGGGUUCUUCACCGAGCGGUGGGGGGAUGCGCCGGUGCACUCGCUCGCCGUCGGCCUGUUCAUGGAUCCCUCCGAGGUCCACUACUUUUACGACAUUGGUUACAAUCACGGCGGAUACAUGCACUGCCCCGAAGACAUUCCGUCGCAUGGCCUCACGUUUGAGGCGUGCAAAUGCAACCCACAUGUUAUGGAUCUCGGAGUAAUCCCUAUCGACCGUGUCUUCUGGGGAGAGACGUCCCAGAAGUACCUUGCCUUCCUGGACGAAUACCACCGCAACGUCACGAUGAAGAAAUCCUCUCGACGAGCCUGAGAGCGGGUUUGUCAUGGACCUGUGGUUUGGGACGGUGGUUGGAUUGCAGCCAUGCACUCCUCACUAUGCGACAGCAUACAAUACAGUUCGUGCAGAGAAGAUGUCUCGCUCC